AUUGUCGUAAAAAAUUGGCAAUCGAAAUUUAGUUUUUUCCUAUUUUACUCUUGAAAACUUUCUCUGUAAAUAGUAGGCUAGUUUAUAAGUUUCAUGAGCACUUUGCUCGAGCAUAUAUCAUUCCUUAUAAGUCUUUAAUCCUUCGAAAAUGUCUUCUGCUGGGAAAACACUCGUCUGUUCGCAAACUGGGGCCAAAUCCCGCUUGCAAGCCAUUAGGCGCAACUUGAAUACCAUAAGACUAAACAGCUGUCUGUAUUUUUUCAACUUGGAAAAAGGAUGUAGGAUUAUAGCCACUUUUGAGGCCUUUGUGAGCGUGGUGCAGAUCUGCAGUUUUUGUCAUCUGGUCAACCAGCCAACUCCAAGUGCUAUAUUUCCGGAUCCCUACUGGGUUACAAGAAUCGAUAGAGAUGGCAUAAUCAAAAGAUUUUUUCUAUAUCGCACAAAUGCUAAUUUUCGCAUGGGACUCGCAUUGGUAACUGUUCUCAAUUCAGUGCUGCUUUUUAUAGGAAGCAAAUGGCGUUACCAAGUGUGCCUGUUUCUUUGGAUUUACAUUUCGCUCUUCACAACUCUUAUGACGAAUAUCAAUGAUACUAUGCGCAACAUUAGUGUGACGCAAUUCUUGUCGACACUGCCAUCUUUAACAACUACAGCAUAUUUUUUGAUGGUUGUUGCAUCAUUGAUUUGCAAGUUCCAAACUCAAUCUGAUGAUUUAAACUCCUCAGAGAGCGAGGAACUGUAGGAUUCCAGAUAAAAUCAACAUGGUUUUUUUUUGCUUUAAAAACCAUUUGGUUGAAUUAAAAAAAUAAAUGCCAACAGGUAUUGAGUCGAU